CAAAGGCGGUGGCCAAAAAUGCGAAGGGAGAGAACAAAUGCCAUCGCAAAGAGAAAAUGCAAAAUUAAAUUAGUUUAGUGCGCUCAGACAUUCUUUUGAUUUAUUUCAAUUUUUUCAUUGUAAGUUAUAUUUCUUAUUUAUAAAUUAUGUUUUUACGUGAAAUGUAAUGAAUUUGAAACGUUCGCAGUGUGAAGUGCAGGUUAAAGUGUGGACAAAGUUUGAAAUUUUAUGAAUGAAAAUAAACUGUAGCUAUAAAACGCAGGUGAAGGCAGGAAGCCAAGCAGCAACGGCCACUAACAACGGGUGUGGGGCUGAGCUGCGCAACAACAAAAAGAUUUGUUGUUUUUGGAUAAGAGCGAGGUGUGUGCGCAUUGGGCAGAGGUAAAUAAUAAAGUCAACAAACUGAGACGGGAAAUUCACAUCGUUCGCAGAGGAAUUUCACGAAUUUUCACCUAUCAUUGUAGCACGUAGUGGCAGUGAAUACGGCGCAAGUACACAAAGUGCGACAAAAUGUUCUCAAAGAAGAAGAAGAAACCUUUGAUUUCUAUGCCUAGUAAUUUUGAGCAUCGCGUGCACACGGGAUUCGACAAACGCGAGGGGCGUUAUGUCGGUUUACCGCUACAAUGGGCAUCCAUCGUUGGCAAUAAUCAAAUACUUAAAUCAACAAAUAGGCCACUACCUUUAGUCGAUCCGUCUGAAAUAACUCCAACCGAAAUACUUGACUUGAAAACAAUUGUGCGACCGCAUCACAACAACAACAAAGCGGAUACGACCUCAUUAAAUAGUAGCAUUGCCCCGAAUGCCAGCGCAGCAUUGGGACACCAUCAAACAGCGCAUGCGCACUACUUUAUCGAGCAUAAUAAUGCCGCAACUACGGCUGGGGCGGCAACAGGUGGUAUUGGCCCAAAUACAGGUGGUAUUGUGCUACCGAAAACGUCACAUGUAGCCCGCUCUAAUUCGUUGCGCAGCUCUAGCCCACCGCGUGUGCGGCGCGAUUUGCGAGGUAACGCCAAUGUGCCACCGGCCGUACCAGAAGAAAGUGCAUCGAUAACAGCUCCCACACCCGUGCCUGGCCAAACAUUACCAUACAGUGGCUACAAACCACCACCCCUUAGUGGCGGUGCGAUGGGUGCCAGUAUUAGCGCUAAUGCAUCAAUAGGUGCCACGACAGCUUACCUGCAACAGUCAGCACAUGGCAUUUACUCACAAAAUGCUGGUCAGUACAGCACGCAGAAUGGCGUCGGUCAUGGGCCACUCGCUGUACGUACGGAUUUCACAUUAGGUCAGCAACAACAUCAGCCCGCACAGCCACAGCCAUCGCUCAGUGGUACGCCUAUGGUUAGUGCCCAGCAUUACCGGCCGGCACCACCAUCACACCAUCUAGGUGGCAGUGGACAAGCGCAACAGACGUCGCCGGUGGGUUCAGUGGCUAGCGGGACACGUUCCACUCACUCACAUGCUUCCUCGGCACAUACGCACCCACACAGCAAUUUAAACAACAAUAACGGGGGUAGUGGAUUCACGGCUUAUCAACCCGGAGGAAUGGAAUCUGUCCAACAUGCUGCAAAGCAUUUAGGCGCCAUCGGAGAUCAAAAUCAAAACCCACACCACACUCAUCCGCAUUUACAUGCGAAGUCGGCGUCGCGUGCUUCGAGCUCAAGUGGUGGCGCCAGCGGCGUGGGAGGUAGUACAGUGGCAGGAGGAGUUAGCGCUAUGCCGCCACCUAAGCAGGAGCAGAGGCUGACACACGAACAGUUCCGCGCUGCUUUGCAAAUGGUUGUUUCAGCCGGAGAUCCCCGUGAGAACCUAGACAACUUCAUGAAAAUUGGUGAAGGAUCAACAGGCACCGUAUGCAUUGCCACUGACAAGUCAACAGGUCGUCAGGUGGCCGUUAAGAAAAUGGAUCUGCGCAAACAACAACGGCGAGAAUUGCUUUUCAACGAAGUGGUCAUUAUGCGUGACUACCACCAUCCCAACAUCGUGGAGACCUACUCCAGUUUUUUAGUAAACGAUGAACUAUGGGUUGUCAUGGAAUAUUUGGAGGGCGGCGCGCUCACCGACAUCGUCACACAUUCACGCAUGGAUGAGGAACAAAUCGCCACCGUGUGCAAGCAAUGUCUCAAAGCAUUAGCCUAUUUACAUUCGCAGGGUGUCAUUCAUCGCGACAUCAAAUCCGACUCUAUUCUAUUAGCCGCCGAUGGCCGUGUUAAGCUAUCAGAUUUCGGCUUUUGUGCGCAAGUUUCACAAGAGCUGCCGAAACGUAAGUCACUCGUUGGCACGCCAUAUUGGAUGUCACCCGAGGUAAUAUCGCGUUUGCCAUAUGGUCCCGAAGUGGAUAUCUGGUCACUCGGUAUUAUGGUUAUCGAGAUGGUGGACGGUGAGCCACCCUUCUUUAAUGAACCGCCACUGCAAGCAAUGCGUCGCAUACGCGAUAUGCAGCCCCCGAAUUUAAAGAAUGCCCACAAAGUAUCACCACGACUGCAGUCUUUCUUGGAUCGUAUGCUGGUGCGUGACCCGGCGCAGCGUGCCACUGCCGCCGAACUAUUGGCGCAUCCAUUCUUACGACAAGCGGGGCCACCGUCGCUGUUAGUGCCGCUAAUGCGGAACACAAGGCAGCAUUGAAGAAAAGUGAAUAACUAAAACUCGAAUAAAAUCGAAUAUACGCAAGUAAAUUUUAAUUUAGUUAGCGAUGCGCUUCGUCAUCUAUUUACACACACUCACACAAAUUCAUUCACUCGCAGCUAUACAUAUCCUACAUAUGUAUGUAGGGCAUCACGCAGUAACAUUUCGGCAACUAUAUAAGCCAUAAAAGAUUAAGUAUUACUUUAAAAAUGUUUGAAUUUGAUCAAUUACUAUAUUGUAUGUAUUUUUAGUUUGGAAUAAUCGAGAUUCCAGUUUGUGUUUGCGUUUUUGAAUUUUGUUUUGCAGUCGUUAUAGUUAUGAGUCAUGCGCAUGAGCUAAACUUUGCUUUAUAGUUUAUGAACUAAAAUGGUUUUGACAAGCUUAAUCGUCUUAACGUAAUUUCUGUAAAAUAAUUGCUAAGAUAAGCACCUUUUCACGUGUAAAUCUUCUUUAUUAGCGGACUUUAAAAACUCAGCUCAGUUAUUAAAGGGAAUUAUAAAAACAAAUCCUUGGAGCGGAGUACCUACAUAAGCAGCAGAUACUUAAAUUCGCAAAAUGGAAUAUAUGUACAUUUUUUUAUAGAAAAUUUCAGUUAGAAAGUUCAGUUAAAGUGAGAGAAGAUUUAAUAAGAGACAAAUUAAAACUAAAAGUGUAAGAAGUUUUUAGGAACUCGGAAAAUUGAAAGGUCCAAAUGAACGGUAUUUGAAAAAAAUGGCUUUAUAAUGAUAAAUUUAAAAAAUAAGGAUUAUCAAAAGGGAAUAAAUAAAAAAGAUGAUUUGAAAAACUUUAAAAAGGCAUUGCCCAUUCCGGGUCAUCAUCCGAUAUCUCAAAAACUAACUAAGAAUAAUUUUUAUUGAUAAUUUUCAUUUUGUCAUGUUCUAAACACUACGAAGACAGAAGGCCUGAAGAAUUUUUCUCCAAUCCUGUUUAAGACUUAAAUUAAAAAAAAUAUAUGUACAUAUAUAUAUUUUCGAAUUUUUCUGGUUUUUCCAACUACGAAGGAAAACAAUUUCAAAACAAUAUAUUUUGUGCAUUUACGAGUAUUUUAGAUUUUCUAAAAUUAUUUAAUAAAAAGAACUAACUUUCUCGAACAGAACAGGAAUUGAAUAAGAAUAAGAAUAAAUGAAUAAGAAAACGGAUAAACGUUGAACCGAUAAUAUUGAGCUUAAAAACAGGUAAACAUAACCUCACACUUACUUAAAACUGAUUAAUACAUUUUUCAACUAAUUUUUUUGUUGUUUUUCUUUCAACUCUUGUGCACAUACAUACAGUGGUGGCCUUAUAAUUAGAAACGAGAUAGCGGCAUUUGAUUUUACUAAUACAAUUUUAAAAUUUAUUUCGCCACAUCAUUUUUUUUAUUAGAAAUAAUACAAAAACAAGUAGUUUUUCAGUUUAACAUAAAAAAUGUUCACCAUUACUACAAUCCUAAAAAAAAACAAAUAAACUUAAUACUAAACACAAAUUCAUCUUGGUCAAAUAAUUAGAAACGACAAGGAAAACUUAAAAAUAUCUUCAAAAAGUUCAACAAAAUUAGCAUAAUUUUAAUAUUUUGUGGGAUAACCCUUAUUUUUUAUAACAUUUUGCAGUCUUCUCGGCAAGCUUUGUAUUAAAUUUUGGCAUCUUUCAACAGAUAUGCUCUCCCAGCUUCGCUGCACCAAUUGAAACAAUUCAUUAUUAUUUCUCGGACUUUUGUCCUUGAGAUCACGUUUCAAACUUUGCCCAUAAGUUCUCAAUUGGGUUGAGAUCAGGACUUUGCGGUGGCCAGUCCAAAACAUCAAUAUUUUGAUCCAAAAGCCAACGCUUUACUAACCGUGAAGUGUGCUUUGGAUCAUUGUCAUGCUGGAAAAUGUAGUGAACCGGCAUGUUCUCAAAGGAAUAUCAUUCCAUUACAUUUUCCAGAAUGCUUUUAUAUUGAUGUUGGUCCAUGAUUCCGUCAAUGCGCACAAUUGGGCCCACGCCACGCCAAGACCAUAAUAGAUCCGCCACCGUGUUUCACUGUUUUCACAGUAUACCUGGGGUCCAAAGCUUUGUCUGGAGGACGCCUCACAUAUGUUUUUCCAUCAGAUUGGAAUAAAUUGAAUUUCGAUUCGUCACUCCAGAGAACUCUAUUCCAGAAUCUUGAAUCUUUUUUGAGCAUUUCCUUAGCAAAUCGUAACCGCUUCAUAAAAUUUUUUUUUUGACACAUGCCGUUUUUUUUGUGCGAUGCACCCACGUAGUCCCGCCUCUUGUAAGCGCCUUCUUAUCGUCCGAGCGGAGACUUCUACGUUUAAUUGCUCUGCAACUUCGGCUUUUAUAUCAUGCGAAGACAUAAAAGGGUUGCUCUUGCUGGUCCUACAAAUAUGCCUAUCAUCCGCUGGAGUUGUUUUUCGAGGUCUAGGCUUCCUGGCUGGGGUUUCCAAGUUCCUCGUUUUUUUGUACAAAUGAAUUGCUCCGAAUACCAUUUUUUUGGAGCAGCCAAACCUUUGUGCGAUAGCCGACAUUGGAAUUUUUUCCUUUUUGUAACACUGUACAAUUAGCUCCCUCAAUUUCGGGGAGCAUGACUUUUUCUUACCCAUUCUAACAAUUGAGAUGAACUAAAAUUAGAAAAGCUAAUCUAUGGAUUUUUUCAGUAUACUUACUUUAACACUAACUCCAAGAUAAAUAUAGAAAAUUUAAGAAAAAACUGCGCGUUUCUAAUUUUGUGGCCAGCCAAGAAACACAAUCAGAGAAACAAUGUGAAUUUUUUCAGGAAUCAACCAUCAAAUACUAUCAACGUGUUUUUCUAACUACAAUGUUCAUCGCCUAUUCUAAGAAUAACGGUGCUCAUAAUUCACAGUGCACGUCUUCCAAAGAUAUGCACAGUGAUUUUAUUUUCUUUGCACAUCGUUUCUAAUUAUAAGGCCACCACUGUAUGUGACAUUUUUGUAUUUUUCUCAGUUACUCACAAUUCCUAAUAUACAUAAAAAUUAAAAACAAAAGACACUACCUGUUUCUAAAAUUGUCUAGAUUUUCUGCAGCGAUAGCUCUCUACUUCUCAUGCACUUUUUCAAAUUCCCAGUUAUUUUUGACGAUAGAAUAGGCAAAGCUAUACAUAACUGACUACAAUAUAUUUAUUUGCGCUUCUCGAAAAUUAAAGCAGCAGAGGUAGUUUUUAAUCACUAGUAAAAAAAAAGAACUAAGCGAAGCGUAAAGCAACAAAAAUUAUAAUUUGUUUUUGUACUUAUUUGAGUAAAUUUUGUAGUUAAUAAAACAAUGCCUUAAACAACUGUGACCUUCACAACAAAAUCAUUUAGCAAAUCAAGCAAACUAAAAAUCAUGAAAAAUUAUAAUUAAAAUAUUUUUAAGAUAACAGAAAUAACACCCAUCUCACCACAACCAACAUUCCUGACAAUUUUGCUCAAUUUUUGGCCAAAAAAACUUAAGCAAAACAUUCCCUUUAGUAGAAAAAAAAUUAUACAACGGUUCAUUUUUAAGAAAAAAAAGUAGUUUUGUUUAUUACAAAAGAUUAUUGUAUUGUAAUUUUGGUCUUAGGAAAUUAUUAUAUGUGUAGAUGUCUACUUUCGAGCAUUGUGUAUUCUUUAAGAGUACAUGAGCGCCGCACCUUUUGUUCCCGCAUAUCCGUCUAUUGCGUACGCGUAAUUUUAAGUGUUAAGUGCAUUUUGUAUAUCAUUGAUUGUUUUUUUUUU